UGACGAAUCGAAUUUACUGUAAGUUCGCUCAUCUCUACUCUGCCAGUUUCCAGGAUUGUCAGUAUUCAGGGUUAUAGUAGGGGUGGGUGCUCUGGGUGACCCCCCCCCCCAGGGGGGCGGGUGCGCUGAGUGAUCAGUAUUGUUUCCAUUCACUGGCUGCCUGCAGAGCUCUUGCACCUGAUGAGGGAAGUAUUUUGUGGUCGCUCCCGCUCUAUUGUUCUGCGUCUCCUCCCUCAUCAGGAGCUUUUUACCUUCAGUCACCGGUGAAGAACAAACCUGAAACGUCAUCACCUGCAGCGGAAAGAAACGUCUGAAAAAGCCGGAUUGUGGCGCAAUCCACUCGUAGUCAGUGAGGAGGAGAAACCUGCUUUAUAUAGUCACUUUACAACGCGUUUCAAACUGCUGUCAGGAUAAAUCACUAUGGCAGAAAAUAAACCAAAGCGAAUCCUUGUGACCGGAGGGUCCGGGCUGGUGGGGAAGGCCAUCGAGAGGGCGGUGGAGGAGGGCGAGGGGCGGCCGGACGAGGAAUGGAUCUUCUUAUCAUCCAAGGACGCCGACCUCACUGACACUAAGGACACCCGAGCGCUGUUUGAGAAGCACCGACCGACACACGUCAUACACUUGGCCGCCAUGGUCGGAGGACUUUUCCGUAACAUGAAGUUUAACCUGGAUUUCCUGAGAAAGAACUUGCAGAUGAAUGACAACGUGCUGCAUACCUCCUACGAGCUGGGGGUCCAGAAGGUCGUCUCCUGCCUCUCCACCUGCAUCUUCCCAGACAAGACCACCUACCCCAUAGACGAGACCAUGAUCCACAAUGGGCCCCCGCACAGCUCCAACUUCGGCUAUUCCUAUGCCAAGAGGAUGAUCGACGUCCAGAACAGGGCAUACCGCGAGCAGCACGGCUGUAAGUUCACCGCAGUCAUCCCCACCAAUGUCUUUGGUCCCCACGAUAACUUCAACAUCGAGGACGGUCACGUGCUGCCGGGGCUCAUCCACAAAGUCUAUCUGGCUAAAAAAAACGGCUCCGCGCUCUCCAUCUGGGGCACCGGAAAACCUCGCCGACAAUUUAUUUAUUCUCUGGACCUGGCUCGGCUCUUUAUCUGGGUGCUGCGGGAAUACGAGGAGGUGGACCCCAUCAUCCUCUCUGUGGGGGAGGAGGAUGAGGUGUCCAUCAAGGAGGCUGCAGAGAGUAUCGUGACCGCCAUGGACUUUAAGGGCGAAGUUCUUUUUGACAGCACAAAGUCUGACGGACAAUUCAAGAAGACGGCGAGCAAUGGCAAACUGCGGAAAUACCUUCCAGACUUUAAGUUUACCCCAUUUAAGCAGGCCGUCCAGGAAACAUGUGACUGGUUUAACGCCAACUACGACCAGGCCCGGAAAUGACGCGGUGACGUUGAAUUCUCCAAUUGGACUUUAGCCACUUAUAUUAGAAUAUUAUUGGUUUUGGGUUUCUGGUGUCUUCUGUGGGAUCCAUCGUCCUCGUCUUAUCUCCUCCUAUGAAGGGAUAUGGGGCGUAUCCACUGAUGACACCUAUCUAUGCAAAUCAUUGGCCGAUCAGCACAGGGUUCACUUACUUAUUGAGCAGCCCGGUGGGUAUGAACGUUCUCUACAUCCCGUAUACAGCCGUGACUUCUCGGGAUGAUUCCCUCUCCACCCCCCCCCCCACAGAAGACGCUAGAGAUGGUCUCGGUCCACGCGUUUGGGGGGGGGUCAUAGUCCUCCUGAUCUUUAGUUCAACCCUCUAAAUAAA